UUCAUCAGGAUUUCAGCUCUUCUAAUGUAGAACCACUACAAAAUGGAAAUUUCUGUGAAGAACAUGAGGCGCUGUGUUCAAACUUCGAAAAAGGGCCAAAAUGAAGGACAAAAGUUGCUAUCCCGAACACAUACGACCAUUGCGCUCUUCUUUAUUUUGUCAUUUUCGGUGUACAUCUCUGAAACUGGCAUUGCGUGCCUCAGCAACCCCUGCGUUUAUGGGCUCUGUGUUGACGACGUAAACAGUUCAUACUCAUGCUAUUGCGCCGAUGGCUACACUGGCUCCAAUUGCCAGACUGAAUGGGAUGAAUGCUGGUCGCAGCCGUGCCUGAACGGCGGUGAUUGCUUUGACUUGGUGGCAAACUUCAACUGCUCCUGUCCCGAGGGAUUCUCAGGUCUAUCGUGUGAAAUCGACAGGGACGAGUGUCUCUCUGAGCCGUGCCAGAAUAACGGCACUUGCGUGGACGGAAGCAAUGGAUUCGAAUGUCACUGCCUUCCCGGAUAUACCGGUUCUGUGUGCGAAUGGGAUAUUUCGGUGUGCAACGAGACCGGAACUGAGCGUUGUCUGAAUGGCGGCGCCUGUGUUGAGGGCAAGGGCGAGCGCUUCUGGUGCAUUUGCGCGCCAGGCUGGGGUGGAGCGAUCUGCGAAGAUGCCCUUGACCCCUGCCUCAUUCUGCAACCCUGUCAGCACGGUGGACUUUGUCUGCCCCGCGGAUCCGAGUUUAUUUGCGCCUGUCCGUUUGGGUUUACUGGUGAGAUGUGCGAGUUUGAGCUUGCACUUUGCAAGGAAAACCCUUGCCUCAAUGGUGCCAUUUGCACGGAAGAGGCAGGCGCCAGCAUUUGCUAUUGCGUUCCCGACUUCCAUGGAGACCUGUGUCAGUUCCAGUAUGACGAGUGCCUUUUGCCUCCAACGCCAAGUUGCAAAAACGGUGGUACUUGCAUUGAUGGCGUGGAUGGCUUUUCUUGCUCAUGCCCGCCGGAUGUGACGGGGAAGUUUUGCGAAUGUCCAAUCGGACAAGACUGCACCAACCACUCCUACUUCCCUGAACUGUCCUCCUCAACUUAUGGAAGUCCGACUACUGCCCUGCAUCGUAUCACAGGGUCGACAGAAAAAUCCUUAUUUACGUUAUCUCAUUGGAAAACACCAUCUACAACAACCCAAUCUAUUUCUGAUGAAAGUGAUAGUCCUGCGGGAGAAACGAUCAAGUUAUCCAGCACCCAAAGUUCUAUUUCAGACAGCACUGAUGUGAUUGCUGCAGUCACAGUGGCGUCCAUGCCAACUGACCUGAGUCCAAUCUUUUCUCAGCCCAGCUCAGUUUCAGAAGAUUCUUCUGAUUGGAUCGAAGUGACAGACUCCCCAAAUUUCCUCUCAUCGUCCACCGUUUCGGAACUCCAAUAUAUUACGCCCGACAAAGAGUUUCUACUUAAUAUCACUAAACCAGCAGAAGAGUCUUCACUUACUUCCAACCUAGAAUUUAUAACAACAACUGGAGUUUUUUCAACAGCUGGUGGUGAAAUAAGUGCCAAGUCAGGUCUUUGGACAAUGAGUGACAGUUUUUCAUCGACAUUUUCGCUUCAAGAGUCCAGCCUCUCACAUUCAACAUACCAGUCUUAUAUUGGAGUUGAAGGGAGGGAAACUAAUCAGCCAGUGUCUGAGUAUGAUUUGACUACCAGCGGCUCAACAAUUUCAACAGUAUUUAACCAAUACUCAACUUAUUCUACUACUGAAAUGACAGAGGAUCCUUCUGAAACACAAAAAUCAGAAUCUACAACUGAAUCUGGACUUUCUGUAGUUUCAAGUGAAGCAACUGGUGAAAUAAGCUCAACAGAUAUUGUCUAUUCAAGCACUCAUGCAUCAAUUACUGACAUCGCACAAUCAGAAAGUGCACAAAUUCCCAUUAGCAGUUUACCCUCUUUUGAUCACAAAAUGAGUUCAGUUCUCAGUUCAAGAUCAGAGGCCUCAACAGAUGGACUACAAACUACAGCGAGUUUUCAAGAGAGCAAAAUUAGUUCUUUAACAAGUCAGGGCGCCACUGAAAAAACUACAACAGACGAAGAAAUAUAUGAGUACACCAAAAGUACAGAGCAACAACCUCAAACGUCACCUGCGUGGGCAUCUGCCACCAAUUCUACAGAGGGUGGAAUUUUGGACGGCCGCGAGACAGCUCCAUUCACAACUACAACAGAUGAAAUUCCUGAUUAUGGACUCCCAACCUCUGAUUAUGGAGAGACUACAGCGGAGACGCAGCCCAAAAAUUGCAAAGAUGAAUCUCCUUGUCAGAAUGGUGGUGUCUGCUUCUCCCUAGAAUCAAAUAUCGUGUGCCGCUGCCCUUUUCAAUUCACUGGAGUGUUCUGUGAAGUGCCAACAAAUUAUUCUGAAGUCUCUCUCUUGCCGACCUCGUGGCUUCUAUUCAGAGUAGCAUCGCCUAUAAAGCGGAACGAAACUUUGGAGUUUACUCACAAUUUGGAGGCCACUUUUCGUAUCGUGUCUGAAGAAGGCGUUGUGUUCACCCUGGCUGAUGCUGACGAUGGACCCACUUCCAGCUAUUUUAUGCAAAUGUCAAUUUAUCAUGGCAGACUACAACUUCAGUUCUCUUGCGGACUGCAGUCAGUCAAGUUCUCAGAAUCGAAGCAAAGGGUGGACACGGGAAAACCAACCAGAAUAUCAGCCAGUUUGAAAAUGUGGAUUUUGCAAAACACGACCAGCAUCGGCCGAUGUCGCGCUGAGUUAAAACUAAACAACACCCUAGCUGUUUCCGGUGAGCAGACAAAGCCGUUCCUCAACCUGCGGAAAGACGUCGCUCUGGCGCACUUGGUCUUUGGCUCCUGGCCAAGGACUGAAGCGCCCAAGUACCCAGAGCAGGAGGAUGAUUUCUACAGUGAAAGAAUUUCGACGUCGCCAGGAGUUGUCGCUUGCCUUUCACACGUGAAGGUAAACGAAAGAUACAGGGUAUUACUGGCCGAUGUCACAGCUGGCUCGAACGACGUGUCAGAAUGCGUCCAAUUGGCAUGUCUCUCAAAUCCCUGUUUUCACGGAGGGACCUGUGAAGAGACGCCUUCCAAUAGCUGGAGCUGCAGGUGUCUGAGCGGGCGCCUAGGACCGCGCUGUGAGGCGUCUGUGUGUGAAAACAAUCCGUGCCAUGCAGGUGGAACUUGCUUGGUGCAUCCUGGAACCAAUUUCGUCUGCCUGUGUCCAAUUGGCCGGGGCGGAAUCUUCUGCGAAAAAGAGCACAUUAUCAAUGAGCCCUGCUUUUUCCCAACAUUCGUGGACAUAAGCCCGUACAUGGCGGUGCCUCUCCUUCCAAAGCAUGAGAGCUUCAAACAGGCCGUGGAGCUGAGCAUUCGCUUUGUCCCUGCGCGCACGCAUCAGGUGGCUUUGCUGGUUUACAUAGGCCACGGCCCCAAGGAUCACAUAGCUCUCGGAUACGUGCAUGGAAGGAUCAUCCUGACUUGGGACCUGGGAUCAGGACCAAGGCGAAUUUUCACAACAACGGAUUUCAGCUCUGGAACUGUGCAUGAAGUUCGAUUUGGUCGGAACGGAAAGGAAGGAUGGCUGAAGAUCAAAGGUGACAACACCACCUACACUGGACAGUCCAUUGGAAGAAUGGUCCAGCUCAACACCCGGCCUGUUGCAUAUUUUGGAGGGUUUGACGACAUCAACGCGUCGAUUUUGCCACACGACCUUCCGAAGCAUUCUGGUUUUGAGGGCUGCUUGUCUCACCUGGAAGUCAAAUCCGCGCAGUCGCAGCCGACCAGGUAUUUCCCUCCCGGACCGCCAAAUAGUCCAGCAAAGGGCAGGUCCGUCGUUCAGAAAGACUACAACCCUUGCACCAACAAUCCUUGUCGUCAGGGUGGCAUUUGCUUGCCCCACGGCCCGUCUUUUGCGUGCCUUUGCGCGCAGGGUUGGUUCGGUCCUUUGUGUGCCGAGCCGAGGAAUCCAUGCGACACCCAGAGACACAUGUGCGCGGAGGGUAGCACCUGCGUGCCCUUGCAGUUUGGCUACGAGUGCGACUGUCCAUUGGGCAAGACCGGACGCUGGUGCAACUCGAUGGAGUCGCGGAACUCUGUGGUUUGGCCAGAGCUAUACUUCUCAGGCAAACGAUCAUUUCUGGAGGUUCCGCGCAGUCUUCCCUUGCACUCCGACCUUGGCUUGCUUGAGCAUUCCUGCGUCGAGUUUGAGAUGAAGCCGCAGACGUGGCCAGGCGCUCCCGCAGCCCAGGUUCUCUUUUUCUCGCAGGACUCGGACACGGGCGACUUCAUGGCCCUUUUGCUCACCUCUGACAGGGUGUUGGAGCUGAUCUUAGGAUCAGGAGAUGGGCCGCCAAUGAUUUUAAGCAGCCCAAGAGGCGUCUCUGUCAGAGCCGGCGUGUGGAUCAAAGUCCGUGCAGGCCGCGUGGGCCGAAGGGUUUUCCUGAGCGUCGCAGGAAGGUCGGUCUCCAGCUGGCUCUUGCCUGGACAGUCUUCCAACUGGAAUGGAGGUCAAUCGACAUUGUACAUAGGAGGAGCACCGGACCUGAGCUCAGUGGCCCCUGUAACCUGGCUUUUGCUGAGACCGUUUGGUGGAUGCAUCAGGAAGCUCCACGUGGAUUGGCGGAAAGUGAUAGUGCAUCUUGGCAGGGCGAGACUGAACAAUCGUGGUGUGCGGACGGUCGGAAAACAUCCACCAAGGUUCAGGUAUGACGUGGCACAGCUCUCUCCAGAGUAUAUCAAACAGCUGUCAAAUAGCAAUAUCUACCCGAAAUUUGGGGACGACAUCUUGUCUUUAUUGAAAGGAGAAAUCAGAGCCUCAUACAUGGCAGGAAGCUGGGAUUCCUCUAUGGAGCCAACCCAAAAGAAAACCUUCCAUUCAGACGGUAAAGCCAGCUGGCCAAUGAACUUAAGGCGUGUUACAAAUCUGAAGAUUUACGCUUUGAUUUCCAACAAUACGAAGAACACUGAAGAGCUAAAUGAAGUCGAGUCCUCGACUCCCGAGGUGGAGGCGAGCACACUCCCUACAGGUUUGAUGGCCAGAAACCUUCGCACCAGGGACGCGCUUUUCGCCCUGAGCGCCAGAAAUGUCAAACCGUGCGAAAAGUCUGCUCUUGCCUUGCUGCAACUGGAUCCUUGUGUCGAUGGCCAGAUUGAGCUUGACUGUUUGAGUUUACCUCUGAAAGAACUUCCAGAAAAUUAUCGCACGCCAGAAUUUAGGGGUGACGGCUGGAUUUCCUUCCAAGCUCCUCUCUUAUUAAUGGACAACACAGAAGUGUCUCCAGUGAGAUACCUAAAUUUGAAGUUUUCGGCCAAAAGCAAUGAAGGACUUGUUGUUUGGAUCCAAGAGGAUGCUGACAACAAGGCAUAUGUGGGAUUGGGAAUUCAGGAAGGUCGGCUGCGAGUCGUUUGGGGUAAUGAGCUCAACACUUCAAACACUGCGGUCAUAUCUGGGAAGAUAAAUGAUGGCAAUUUCCACAGGGUUAACAUACUGUGGGACUCGGCAGAAAAAGCCAUGGUGUGGCUUGACGGAGAAAUGGAAGAUUUAGAAUCCGAAUGGAAAAGGCAGAAGAGGCACUUUUCAGAUCAAAUCAAAUCCACAUUGAACAUUGUGAUUGGUGGCACCCCAGAGGAAAGUCCAGCUGCACAGAGCGUUUCUCAUUUUUUCAGUUCCUCUUACCAAGGAUGCGUGGCAGAAUUAGGCUGGAAUGAUGAGACAGCGCAACUUUCAGACUUUCCAUCCUACCAACACAAAAAUGUUUAUUCCUGCAACGCAAAAUAGCCAUGUAAGUUCAGACUUCCAUCUUUUUUAAAUUUGUAACAGUCAAAAUCAUGUCCUGGACAACGAUUUGACUUAGUCCAUCAGUGAAAUCAAAGCUGUAAACUUCCAGCUUUAAACAGAAAUAAUCAUUGUAGUAGCUUAGAAUAGUGUAUUAAUAUACAAUAAAUGUUAUAAAGUUAAUUUUGUAGGGAAAAUUUUAUGGAGAGUUGACGUUAAGUUUUUAGUUGAUGGUUUUGUUUUUUCUAUGUAUAUAAUUUAUAAUGUUCAGUGUUGUGUUAUUAAAACUCUAGGCCUAAAUGAAGUUCUAAAAGAACAAAAAAUGCAGUUUUCUU